AUGCCAACGCGUACGGCACCCAUUCUCGAGCAACUGACGAACGGUGUUCCAAAAAUAUUUGACCAAGCUCAGAACUCUACCGCUAAUCACCAGAAAAAUCUGGUCUCUCUUCACAAACUCCACUGCGAGGCUGCCAAUGUCACAGAAGAAUACCAUAAUGGUGAUAGCCUCAAAUUGAUAGGAGAGCGUAACUUUGAAGAUGUGUUUAUUGGUAUGGUGGGCCGGGUACUUCCUGUGAAGAAGGGGACCAGCCAGGCGGAUCGUAUUAUCAAAUUCGUGGGGUCGUAUACAAAAUUCAUCAACGACAAAACUGCAGAAAUUAAGAAAGAGGAAGACGGGGAUGACGAAGACACAACUGCCUCGCGCUUCGUAGCGAGGCUUUUAAGAUUCCUUCUUCAGGGUUUUUCCGCAAAAGACAAAAUAAUCAGGUACCGUUCCGUGCACCUCCUUGCGGAGAUGGUAUCCCACCUCGGCGAAAUUGACGAAGACGUGUAUGCAAAAUUACGGACUGCUCUUUUGGAGCGUAUCCAUGACAGAGAAACACCUAUCCGCGUUCAGGCUGUUACCGCAUUAUCUAAACUAUGUGGCUCUGAAGAUCCAUCCGAGGUUGAAGAUGGGGAGCAAACAGCCGUUGAAGUUCUUCUCGACAUCUUGGCUCACGAUCCUGCUGCUGAAGUCCGGAGAGCGACAUUGUUGAAUCUUCCCCUGACACCUGUCACGCUUGACUCGAUAUUUGGUCGGACUCGGGAUACAGAUACGACUAUGCGGAAGCUUGUAUAUUCGGCCGUACUAGAAGCCCACUGUCUGACUAAGGACGGUACAAUGGGCACGGUCCAUCCUCGCGUCCUUACAAUAGCACAACGAGAACUUGUCAUCCGCAACGGGCUCGGUGAUCGUGAACCUGAAGUGAGGGCUUCCACGGGGUCUCUACUGGGGGCCUGGGUUGAUGUGGCGAGAGGCGAAGCUAAGAAAGAGGAAAAAGGGAAGGCAAUAGAGGAUGACCUGUUGGCUCUGUUGAAUCUGUUUGAUCUCAUGGAAAGCACUGUUGCUGAGGAUGCCUUGUUAAGUGUCUUCGCGACGCGCGCCGACAUCUUCGACAACCUGGAAUUUAAAGACGCUUUUUGGACUAAUUUGAACCCUGAACGCGCAUUUCUUGCACGUGUAUUCGUUGAACACUGUAUCAACACAAAGGAUGACAACAGACUUGAAGCGGCACUUCCCGUCGUCACCGCACUAGCUUUCAGGAUCCAAUCAGAUUAUAACGACCUGCUCAAAGGUCUUCAAGCUGAAGAGGAAGACAGACUGUUACGAGGUGAUGCAGUAGAUGACGACGAAGAUAGAGCCAAGAGGGAAGAUGAGCGAGUGGACAGGGAGUUCGUGAUAGGAGAGAUGCUUAGGCUUGCGGUGAAUCUCGACUAUGCCGAUGAAAUCGGGCGACGAAAGAUGUUUCAACUUGUCCGGGACAUGAUUUCGCAAGAUGCGCUACCAGAAUCACUGUUGGCCCUUUGUUUAGACGUUCUUCGCACAUUAUCUCCGAAUGAACGUGACCUGAUUAGGGUAGUGGUCGAAGUAGUCCAUGAACUUCGAGAUCCCAGUGAUGCUGAUGAUAUAGUAAAGGAUCCCGCAGACGAUGGAGAGACUAAUUUUGGUGGAACUCCGAUGACCGUAAAAGCGACCCCAGCAGCUCACAAGACGAGAACUGAAAUGUCGACUGAAGAACAAGCGAGAUCAGACGCCAUCGAUUUGCGGUGUCUGUCGUUGUGUAUAGGUAUGCUGGAACGUGUGAAUGGCACAUUCGAAGAAAACUCGACUCUGGAAGGAAUUCUCGGGGAAUUAAUCCUUCCUGCUGUCAAAAGCAAGGAAUUGCUGUUGCGCGAGAAAGGACUUGUCAGUUUAGGCUUGUGCUGUCUGAUCGCCCGCCGCAUGGCCCUUAGCUCAUUCCAGCUUUUCUUCAAUCAACUUCUCCAACCUAUUCCUGAAGUACUCAAAAUCAGGGUGAUUCAGAUCGUGGUCGACAUCCUGAUGGUACAUGACACCGAUUUUCUCCGUAAGGGUACCGUCGGGGGCGAAAAAAUUGUGGAGACUCUCCUGCAUUUGCUGACGGAAGAAGAAUCUGACAAAGUACAAGCUUUGCUUUGCAUCGGUAUCUCAAAGCUUGUUUUGGCUGGAAUGAUCUCUAACGAAGAUGUUCUCAAAAAUCUAAUGCUGAUAUAUUUAUCACCCGACACGGCCGACAAUCAAGAAUUAAGGCAAUGCUUGUCGUAUUUCUUCCCAGUAUAUUCCUUCUCCUCGUCUAUCAACCAACGACGAAUGAAAGAGAUAUUCAUUCCAAUGUUCGUGCAGCUGGCAAAUGCUUCAAGAGAUUUAGAGGAUGAUCAGGAGAUGGUCAACCCAAGCCAAGUUGGGGGAAUGUUUGUGGAUUGGACAGAUCCUCAGAAGGCUAUUGAGAUACCAGGCCAAGUAGUGGACGAGAUGAUCCAUUUUGAUAUGGCUAGCGAUAUUGUGAAGGCAUUAUUCAGAGAUGACGUGCCAAAGGAGGACAAGAAGGUCAUGUGUCAACUGCUGGGAAGAUUGUACAUCCCUGAUACCGUGGAUGACGACAAGAUCCGUACACUCAAGCUUCUCUUAUCCAGUUUGAGCUCGCGUCGGCCACUCCGCGACACGGUCGCCAAGAACGCUUUCAUGAAAUUCGAUAAUGCAAUCUCAAAGAAAUUCGCCAAACAGCUCGAAGACUUUAACGAAGCAGAGUAUCGACAGUUGGAGAACCUGAAAGAAUUAUUCGAAUUCUUGGACGAUAUCGUACCUAUUGAAGAUGGUGAAGAAAUCGAACUACCCAAAGGUCGGGCAAGAAAGAGAAGGUCGGAAAGUGUCACAAGUGAUUCGUCAACAAGCAGUACCCCUGAAGUUGUCAGCCCCACGGUUUCGGCAGCUUCAUCGCAACGUGUGAAAGGCAAAGGCAAAGGAAACAAGAAAAGGCGUCUAACUGCCGAUGGCGAUGUAUCCGAUGGCGAAAGUAGCCGAGUAACUCGCACCCCUCCUCCCCCCACUAGAAUCCUCCCAAAACGAGCGGCUGCUUCCAAGAAGCCGAUUGUUGUAAUCACCAUAAGUGAUGAUGAUGAUGAGGAUGAAAUAGAGGAGUUGAGAAGCCCUGCGCCUGUUCCCAAAAAAACUAGCACAAACAAGAGCGGAAAGGCAAAAGCUGCAGAAGUGGCCAAGGUUGAUGCAGAUAUCGAUCGCUUGAUUGACGAAGGACCGUCCUUCGACUCUAUCAUGGAUGAUGAUGACUCGGAAGAUGAAGUAGAUGAUAUACUUGCACCGGAAGACUAAGUGAUAUCAAGCCAAUUCACCUGCACUACAUCGCUUUAUUUACUAUGUACACGUUUUAUCAUGUCACACCUGUAUUUUCCUGAUUCUAUAAUCUUUGUUUUUAUUAUUACAAUACAGUCUAUUUGGGUUUGUAGCUUAGUUCCGAACAUAUAUGCUACAUUUUUAUAUGA